AUGAGAAGCGUUCCAAAAGAGUUAACAUUGCGAGAUCAUCAGAUCGAGGCGAUUGUGACGAUGCUCAACCUUAACACCAAACCAGAAGUUGCAGUUAUACCAGCAUCAUCGGAGAAUACGCCAAUUCCUUUAGCAAAUAAUGAACCGGUAUGGAAGGUUUUGAUAUUUGACGAAUUUGGUCGGGAUAUCAUUUCUUCUGUCCUUAAAGUUAACGAUUUACGCGAGAACGGUGUAACUGUUCACAUGUUGUUAAGAAGUGAAAGACAACCUAUCUCAGAUGUUCCUGCGAUUUAUUUUGUCGAGCCGACAUCGGAAAAUAUACAAAGAAUUAGUGAGGAUUUGGCCAAAAACCUAUACGAAUCCUAUUAUAUUAAUUUUUUGACAGCUAUUUCACGACCUUUACUUGAAGAGUUAGCGGCUACCACAAUAUCAAAUAACACAUCAAAUUUAAUCUCGCAAGUCUACGAUCAAUACCUAAAUUUUAUUGUCUGUGAACCGAACCUUUUUUCUUUAAAUCAGCCAAACAUUUAUUAUUCGUUAAAUGAUCCAACCACCGCGGAAACAGCUAUAGAGCGAGCAAUUGACCGCACGGUUAGUUCUUUAUUCUCCAUGUUAGUCACCAUGGGA